AUGACCAGAAAGAAGUUCACGAGAUAUCUGACAUUUGCCUUUUGGUAUUUUGUUGGCUAUUUCAGUCGUGUUCCCAUGUAUUUCGAUCGCUCAGUUCCUACAAGAAAUGACAGCCAGAUAAUAAAUGAAAUUUACAAGGAAGCUAUCAACAAGAGUGCCGAGACUUUUCUUAGGAAUGGCGGCUUAGUAGAUGCAAGCAUGAUUUCACUCGGGCACGGAUCAAAGAUUCGUUUAUGGGAUUACUUUGGUCCUAGUUACAAUUGCAUAUCACGAGAGCGAGUUGGGAAAAUAGGUGAUGGCGGAAAGUGGCUGUGCGGCGUGAGGACAGUUUUGGCUCAUAGGUUUCCUUGUAUUGUCUAUUCCAUUGGGUCUAAGGGCGAAAUUUCCUUCGAGCAGGGUGUACAAGAGAAGCUCCCUCACUGCGAAAUCCAUAUAUUUGAUCCUACACUAACUUCUGAGCAAAAGAAAAACAUAAAAGACUCACUACUUAAUAUCCACUUUUAUGACCUAGGCUUAGGUGCUGUUGAUGGAGAGUUCAGAAUAAAAAAUCGGAAGGCUCUUUGGACGCAAAGAACAAAAAAUGUCUAUCCAGUUCAGACUCUAGGAACAAUCAUGUCGAAAUUGCGUCAUACUUGGAUUGAUGUGCUUAAAGUUGAUAUAGAAGGAGGCGAGUGGGCUAUUUUUGAGAAACUUUUCGAGCAGGUUCAAAUUAUUCCUGCCACACAAAUACAGAUAGAGUUGCACUUUCUUGGAGAUGCCAAAGUUGCGUUAAAUUUCUUUAAUAAUAUGAAAGAGAAGGGCUUCAGAGUCUUUUCUGUGGAGCCAAAUUAUUAUGGAAGGACUGCCGAAAAUGCAAGAUUAAUGGUAGAGUAUAGUUUUAUCCAAGUCAAUGACGAAGGUCGGGUAGUCUGGGAGGAACCAUCCAGAAGUAUACUUGAUUAA